AGUGUGUUGUCUAUAUGAGAUUGUAAAUAAAGGACUAUGGCAUAUUCCUACCAUAUCAAUGUUGGUCUACUCAGAAGCUGACAGCGCUGUGCAAGAUGUCAUUCCUUUUGUGAUUCUGUUUAUGCUGACUCUACGAGUCUUCCAAUCCAGGAAUGGCUGGUCCGGGGCACCAGGCUUGCAGUCACUUCAUCCUUUAUCCCUUGUGUUGGUUACAUGCACAUAUUUCUUCAUUCUAAGUUCCCCACGCGAGGCUCGACAUAGACAUCGGGGAUGAUGAAGAAGUUGCAGCUCGUUCUCGUCGCUCUGUGCACAAUCUCUGCCACCACAUUUAUCUACAGAUUAAUAUGGAAACAGUUGUCACCAGCAGAUGACAUUCACCCUGUGAGCUCAACAUCUACAAAAACAUUAAGAAAGACGACACACCUGGAUGAAGAGCUUCAUACUCUUUUGAAGUUGACUGAAUGGCCACUGCCCCCAGCCAACACAAGUUUGGAGUUUUCCACCCGCCCAAAAGCUUCAAUAUUUUUUUUGGUCCAUCCCCGCUCUACCUAUGUUGUGGGAGAGAAUUUGGAGGUUCUCAUAAUCUCUAAAAACCAUAAAGGUCAAACCAAGAGAUACGGUGGAGAUUAUUUCCAUGCUAAGCUUCAUUCCCCAAGCCUGAAAGCUGGUGUGAGUGGAUCUGUUACAGACAACUACAAUGGUACCUACACAGCUUCCUUCAUUCUUCAGUGGCCAGGUGAGACCAUGGUCUCCAUAAAGCUCAUGUAUUCCAGUGAGGCUGUUGCAAUUUUGCAUGAGAAAAGGGCCACACGGCCAGAUAAGGUUUUCUUUAACGGCUAUUUUGUGAAAAAUGGAACUGAAGAAGUGGUGGAGUGUAAUGUUGAGCUUCCUGGGCAAGACGUUUGUGAAUAUUACGAUAGGCUGAAUGAAGAGAAAUGGGUGUGUCAGCGACCAAAAACACUUCCGUGUGAUGCUUAUCGGGACCAUUCAUCAGGGGGAACCCGGAAUGUGUUCAGUAACCAAGAGGAAAAAUUAUUCUCAAGGGCUCUUAUUGAUCAAGAACUUUCAACAAACAUUACGUCUAUUAAUGUCCUUCCUCAAAAAGAUGUCAUGAAAGUUACAAGACCUUGUACAGCAAGACUCAAGAAUCCAAACCCAUCAGGCUUUUAUUACCAAGAUGUCUGGAAUUCUCUCGUCUGUUCCAAUCAACAUUUUAGUGAUUCUAAAGAUGUGGCCAAAUGUCUAUCUGGAAAAACGGUCUACAUGUUCGGAGACUCCACACUCCGAGCCUGGUUUGGAUAUCUAGUGAGGCAUGUUCCAACUCUCAAGCAAAUAGACCUCCAUGCGCCUCACCACCCAGGUCCAUUACUAGCAACAGAUGGAGAACAUAACUAUCUAGUGCACUUCAGAGCUCAUCAGAAGCCUCUGCGUAUGGAACGUACAGGAGUUAAAGAGUUACACUACAUUGCUACAGAGCUGGAUGGACUUGGGGCUCGGAAAGAUAUGGUCAUUGUCUUGACUUUCUCUGCACAUUUUGUCACCUAUCCAAUAGAACUGUACAUUCGACGACUGCAGCACAUUCGAGAAGCUAUAACUCAACUAUUGGAACGUAGCCCUGAUACAAAAAUACUUAUUAAAUCAGCCAAUACUGGAUAUAAUUAUGCGUUGGUCAAUGACUGGUUGUCCUAUCAGUUGGAUACAGUGAUGAGAGCUAUGUUUUCCAAGUUACCAGUGACCAUAUUGGAUGUUUGGCAAAUGACGUCUUGCCACAGAUUACCAGAGAAUCUACAUCCUGGAGGGAUCAUUGUCAAAAACGAAGUGGACCUGAUGUUGUCCUUUAUAUGUCCUUAGUGAUUCUGAGCUUAGAAACAGAAGUGAAGGCUCUACAUGCCAGCCCAUUCUUCAUGAGAAUAUAGUGAUACAUUUAGUUAUAUAUUAACAGAAAUCAGUGAAAGACGUUGACCGAUGAAACCUGUCCAGAAACCUUUUUAUUGCUAUAAUUGCUUUAUUCCAGAAUCAAGGCCAUGCG